GUCACCCACCCGGCGCAUGUUAGCGAUGACCACUCUUUCCUGCCAACCGGCUGUCUCUCUCCCCUCGAUGCCUCCCUUCUCUUCUCCUCUUUUAUUCUUAUCCUACGCACCCCUCGAAAAUCAUGCCCUUUCUCUCCUCCUUACUCUCCCAAACCCUCCUCCCAUCCCCGUCUCACGUGCCAAGGUCACGUGCCCACCCCCUUUAUCUACCCUCCCUCAUUCCCUAAGCCCUCUCUCCGCUUCUUUUCCGCUCUCUUUCUCCCCCUCCUUCUUCUCGAAACCCUAACGCAUGGAGCAGAAGCGCCAGUCGAAGAACGGCUUAUCCUACGCCAAUCUCUUCAAUCUCGAGUCUUUGAUGAACUUUCAACUCCCCCAAGAAGAUGAUGAUUUUGAUAAUUAUGGGAGUAGUAGUCAGGAUGAGAGCAGAGGUAGCCGAGGUCGGGGAGCAAUGGCAGACCUGACCAAGCGGAAGAGGCCUUUUGUCAAGGCAGAGCCUGGUUCGAAUUCUUCUGCUAGGCGAGAUGUGGACAGCAACGAUGAAGACUGCAGUGAUGAUUAUGGGACCCACAUUUCUGAGGAGCGGUACCGGUCAAUGCUUGGGGAGCAUGUUCAGAAGUACAGGAGGGUGAGGUUCAAAGAAUCAUCAAGCCCGGCCCCUGCCCUUGCGCCUGCUCUUGUCCGAACAGGAAUGUCGGCCUCAAAACGGAACCAUGUUUCUUCUAAAGGCCGAAAAUUGGCCGAGUCUCUAAUCCCCGUGAAGGAGGAGAAAGCAUUUCACGGAAUGGAGACUCCGUCUGAAUUUUUUGCUGACAUCACUCCCUUCAAGCAGGGGAGUUACUAUGACGCGGAUUUUGGUUCGGACUACUGCAGCGACAGGUUUUUGUCCUCACUCGAUGCUGCAUAUUUGGAUAUUGGUGAGGGCAUCACGUAUAGAAUUCCACCCACUUAUGAUAAGCUCGUGACAUCACUGAAGUUGCCGAGCUUGGCCGAUGUUCGGAUAGAGGAAUGUAUCUUGAAGGGGACCCUUGAUUUGGGUACAUUGGCUUCGAUGAUGGCCAGUGAUAGGAGGCUUGGGUUUCGGAGCCGCAUGGGAAUGGGCGACCCUCAACCUGAAUUUGAAUCACUUCAGGCAAAAUUAAAGUCCCCGGCUGUUUGUAAUUCCAUUCAGAAGUUCAAUCUCCAAGUCCUUGAUAAUGGGCUGGAUCCAUCCAUACCAGAGGGGGCAGCUGGUGGAACAAAGAGGACGAUUAUGUCCGAAGCAGGCACCUUACAGAUUUAUUAUGUUAAAGUCCUGGAAAAAGGAGAUACGUAUGAGAUUAUCAAGCGCAGCUUACCCAAGAAGCAAAAGGUGAAGAAAGAUCCUUCUGUGAUUGAGAAAGAGGAGAAGGAGAAGAUUGGGAAGUUCUGGGUGAAUAUUGUGAGAAGGGACAUCCCAAGGCAUCACAAGGUGUUCUUUAACUUUCACAGGAAACAAGUAGCCGAUGCCAAGAGGUUCUCAGAGAUCUGUCUGAGAGAGGUGAGAUUUAAGGCGAACAGGUCAUGCAAAUUUAGCAGGGGGGCGGGAGUUCGCACCAAAAGAUCAACUAGAGAUAUGCAAGUUUUCUGGAAAAGAGUGGAUAAGGAGCAGGCAGAAAUUAGGAAGAAAGAGGAGAGGGAGGCGGCGGAAGCUCUGAAGCGUGAGGAAGAGCUCCGUGAGGCAAAGAGACAGCAGCAGAGGCUCAACUUUCUACUAUCGCAGACAGAGCUGUAUAGCCAUUUCAUGCAGAACAAGUCAACCUCAGCCUCUGAAACUGCGGCGCUGCCUGAAGGAGAAUCUGAUGAUCUCGAGGAGCCAACUGGCUCUGCAGAGGAUAAGCCAGAAGAGGAAGAAGAUCCUGAGGAGGCUGCAUUGAAAAGAGAGGCUUUGAGAGCAGCCCAGCUCGCAGUCUCCCAGCAGAAGAAGAUAACUAGUGCAUUUGACAGUGAAUGCAUGAAGCUGCGUCAAGCUGUCGAAACUGAAGGCCAGCCAAAUGACAACUUGAUUGCAGGUUCCAGUAACAUAGACCUACUAAAUCCGUCAACUAUGCCUGUAACGUCGUCAGUGCAGACACCAGAACUGUUUAAAGGUUCUCUUAAAGAAUACCAGCUAAAAGGUCUCCAAUGGCUAGUUAAUUGUUAUGAGCAGGGUUUGAAUGGAAUCCUUGCCGAUGAGAUGGGCCUGGGAAAGACAAUCCAAGCCAUGGCGUUCUUGGCGCAUUUAGCUGAGGAGAAAAAUAUAUGGGGCCCCUUUCUGGUCGUUGCACCUGCUUCCGUCUUGAAUAAUUGGGCUGAUGAAAUUAGCCGUUUCUGUCCCGAUUUGAAAACACUUCCAUACUGGGGUGGGCUGCAAGAGAGGACGAUACUUAGGAAAAACAUCAAUCCAAAGCGUCUUUAUAGAAGAGAGUCUGGAUUCCACAUACUGAUUACUAGCUAUCAGCUGUUGGUGUCUGAUGAGAAGUACUUCCGGCGUGUGAAGUGGCAAUAUAUGGUAUUAGAUGAAGCCCAGGCAAUUAAAAGUUCAAACAGUAUACGGUGGAAAACGCUGUUGAGUUUCAAUUGUAGAAACCGCUUGCUUCUGACGGGGACGCCCAUACAGAAUAAUAUGGCUGAGCUAUGGGCUCUUCUCCAUUUCAUCAUGCCCACCUUGUUCGACAGUCAUGAGCAAUUCAAUGAAUGGUUUUCAAAGGGCAUUGAGAACCAUGCGGAACAUGGUGGCACGUUGAAUGAACAUCAGCUCAACAGACUGCAUGCAGUUCUAAAGCCCUUCAUGUUGCGGCGGGUUAAGAAAGAUGUGAUUACAGAGAUGACAGGUAAAACUGAAGUGACGGUGCACUGUAAACUUAGCUCUCGACAGCAAGCGUUUUAUCAAGCUAUAAAGAACAAAAUAUCCCUUGCUGAGUUAUUUGAUGGAAGCCGCGGUCAUCUUAAUGAGAAGAAAAUUCUGAACUUGAUGAACAUUGUUAUCCAGUUGAGGAAGGUGUGCAACCAUCCAGAGUUAUUCGAACGCAAUGAAGGUAGAUCGUAUCUGUACUUCGGACAUAUGUUGUAUUCUCUUCCCCCCCCUCCCUUUGGGGAGUUGGAAGACGUACACUAUGCAGGAGGUCGGAAUCCUAUAACGUACAAGAUACCAAAGCUACUCUAUCGAGAAAUCGUUGAAAGUGCUGAAAUGCCUUGCUCAGCACAUGGUCAUGGUGUUCCGCAAGAAUCAUUUGAGAAGCUUUUUAGCAUAUUUUCUCCAGAGAAUGUUUAUCGAUCUAUACUGCCCCAAGAUAAAUGGUCAGAAGAGCGUGCGGUGAAUAGCGGCGCUUUUGGUUUUACCCGUCUGAUGGAUUUGUCUCCUGAGGAGGUGGUUUUUCUGGCAAAGGGUUCUGUAUUUGAGAGGCUGUUGUUUUCUGUUAUGAGGUGGGACCGGCAAUUUGUAGAUGAUAUCUUGGACUUGUUAAUGGAAGCCGAAGGGGAUGAUCUUGAGUAUAACCAUCUGGACAAAGGGAAGGUGAGAGCUGUCACCCGAAUGUUACUAUUGCCGACAAAAUCCGAGUCGAAUGUACUCAGAAGGAAACUAGUGGCGGGUCCUGGCGAUGCCCUGUAUCAGGCAUUAGUGGUCUCUCACCAGGACAGGCUUACAUCCAACAUCAGCCUUCUGAACUCAAUAUAUGCUUUCAUCCCACGAAGUCGAGCUCCACCUAUUCAUGCGCACUGCUCUGAUAGAAACUUUGCAUAUAGAAUGGUUGAGGAACUGCACCAUCCAUGGCUUAAGCGGAUGUUUCUUGGAUUUGCUCGUACGUCUGAGUGUAAUGGCCCAAGAAUGCCCAGUGGUCCUCAUCAUUUGAUACAAGAGAUAGAUUCAGAGUUGCCUGCUGCAGAGCCUGUUCUUCAACUCACAUACAAGAUUUUUGGGUCUUCCCCACCUGUGCGGAGCUUCGAUCCUGCAAAAAUGCUGACGGACUCUGGGAAGCUUCAAACUCUGGAUAUACUUCUAAAGAGGCUGCGAGCUGAAAAUCACCGCGUGCUGUUGUUUGCUCAAAUGACAAAAAUGCUGAACAUUCUAGAGGACUAUAUGAAUUAUAGGAAAUACAGGUAUCUCCGACUUGAUGGUUCCUCCACUAUUAUGGAUCGACGCGACAUGGUCAGAGACUUCCAGCAUCGGAAUGAUAUUUUUGUCUUCUUAUUGAGCACUAGAGCUGGAGGGCUGGGUAUCAACUUGACAGCUGCUGACACUGUCAUAUUCUAUGAAAGUGAUUGGAAUCCUACCUUGGAUUUACAGGCCAUGGACAGGGCCCACCGUUUGGGCCAGACAAAGGAGGUCACGGUGUACCGAUUGAUUUGCAAGGAGACGGUUGAAGAGAAGAUCUUGCAAAGAGCAAGUCAGAAAAAUACUGUGCAGCAGCUGGUCAUGACAGGUGGCCAUGUUCAAGGCGACCUUUUGGCACCUGAGGAUGUUGUCUCUUUACUUCUUGAUGAUGCUCAGCUGGAGCAGAAGUUAAAAGAAGCAUCACUGCAUUUGGGUAAGGAUCGGAAGAAGAAACGCGGGGCGAAGGGCAUACGGAUAGAUGCCGAAGGGGAUGCAUCUUUGGAAGAUUUCUCCAACCUUGCCGCUCAGGCUGCAGUAAAUGAACCUGCUCCUGAGCUGGAUGGUGGGAAGGCCAACAUCAAAAAGAGAAAACCAAUCUCUGACAAGCAAACCACUCCGAAACCACGAAAUCCUCCAAAACCGCCCAGCAAUGCACAGUUGUUUGCCGAGGUGAAUGAUCCCAGCUUGAUGACUUAUGGGGAUGAUGUCAUCAGGGAUGUGGACCCACAACAGAAACCAAAAAGACUAAAGAGGCCGAAGAAGAGCGUGAAUGAGAAUAUUGAACCGGCAUUCGACGCUCCCAUUGCAAUGGUUCCGGACCUAGCCGAAUACCCACUUCAAUACAAUAAUUUUAGCACCUUUGAUUUCCAAGAAGCAGUGGAGAGGGAGGUUCCACCUGAUAGUCAUCCUCCAACCUGAUAAGAGCAAGGAAAAAUACAAAGGGAAAAAGAAAAUGGAAAUUGCAUUGGCAUGAUGAUUGAGGGGCCAUUUCCUACAGAUUUGCAGCAAUGAAACACAUUUCCAGCUUGGAAUUCCACAACAAUGGCAACUUGAUUUUGUGGGCUGGGGCUGAUCAUGAGACCGCAUGAUCAAAAGCACCAGGAUGCAAGCAGAGUUGUACGCUAAUGUUUAUACCUGGCAUUUUGAUGUACGUACAGAUCAGUUGCCUUUUCCGGCGGAUCGGCAGAAUGCCAGGACAUGGGUAAUGUACAGUCUGGAUCAUCAAUUGGUAAGGAUCCUCCCUAGCUUUCUCUUGACAGGUCUGUAGAAUUUUUAUCUUUCUCUAUUCUUUGUGGACUCAAAUCCUUAUGUAAAUUGAGGUUUUAUUAACGGUCCCUGGCUGCGGUGUGGAUGGGCCAUCGAAAUGUUAAACCGGGCCAGGCGAAUGGCAUUGGUAGCUUUUGUAUUAUAUGGGUGUUAAAAUAGCUGACUUGUUCAA